GGCGAAUAUUUUGGUGGACCAAUAGAGAUGCGUUUCCUAGCGAUUCCAGGCUAUGAAAUGUCGCCAUAUUGGUAUUUUCGAAAACAUUUAAGGUUGCAUUAGCGGUUGAAAUGAAUUGUUAUUUUUAUGUACACGCAUUUAAAACACAUACGUCAAUGUUACCAUAG